AAAUUAAGACGCGUACUAACAGAUAAAAUCUUUUCGUUCUUCACAACGCAAAUGAAAAAAGAUCGAAUUAAAUAUUCCGAGUUCUACAAGGGUUAUUCACUUUAUUUCAAAGAAGCGCUAUGCGUGGAACAAGAUCAAAAUGUUAAGGAACAAAUCGCAUCGUUGUUACUAUUUGAGUCAUCCAAUAUGAAACCUGGAGUGAAGACAAGUAUGGGUGAAUAUGUGGCUCGUAUGCAGGAAAAUCAGAAAAACAUUUACUACCUCUUUGCGCCGAAGUAA